GGUCCAAACUCCAAAGAUGAGCAUAAAAAAAAAACUCCGAAGUCCAAACUUCCCCUGCCCUGCUCUCCCACCUACUGGGACUACGAUGUGGGGCCUACUUCGGCGGAGAAUGAGCCCAUCGGGGUUCUCGCCGUCGUCUACGGCGGAGGAGGUCACCGCCGGCAUCGACGGUUCCGGCCUCGUCGCCAUCGUCACCGGUGCGUCCAGUGGGAUUGGAGCUGAAACAUGCCGAGUUCUUGCGCUGCGUGGCGUGCAUGUCGUGAUGGGGGUGAGGAAUCUGUCCACCGGCUCGCAGGUGAGGGAGAAGAUUGUGGAACAAGUCCCCAAGGCCAAGAUUGAGAUGCUUGAGCUUGACCUUAGCUCAAUGUCAUCAGUGAGAAGAUUAGUCGAGAAGUUUAAUGUGCUGGACCUCCCACUGAACAUUCUUAUGAACAAGAUGCAAAGGUAGUUAUCAACUCCCUUCAUCCUGGAGCUGUUGUCACCAACAUUGCACGCUACUGGGGUUUCUUAAAUGGUGGGGAUAUAUCAGACUAAAUGGUCCCCUUAACUGAUUUGCAUGGUUAACUCACUCAAUAAUUAUGAAUAUUCACUUGAUGUAUUAUAUCUGGUCAGUAUUUGUACUCUGGAUAAGCUAUUAGAGGUAUUUGCUCUUAUAGUUUGGUGCAAAUGUAAAAGCUCUACUUGUAACCUAGUGAAAAGGCGUACCCUUAUUAUAUUGAGAAUGCCCUGUUUCUUUCAAUUACAUUAAGUAUUUCAAGAACUUUCUUUUAUUAUGUGCACAUAUACCGACAUGAUGAUAUUUUGCUUUGGAAUAAUUAAAAUUAAUGUCGAAAAAAGUUUUGUCAAGGCAAAUUGUCAUAUUUUCUCUGUGGGAUCAACUUAUUUUACUGUGCACAUCCAUUGUUUCAGAGUUAAUUUGUACUCUUACCUGGAAGCUAAACUGCUACCUUUCUCCCUUGUUAUCUUUAUUUCAGGUCUUCUUUCCUCACUCGGUAAAUUUGUACUUAAAGGUGUUGAACAAGUAAGUCUGUGAUCAUGUUCUAUUCCUUUAUAAACAAAUGCAGAUGCGUUGAAUUGGGUGCAAUUUGCUAGGCACAAACAUUGGCAUUCGUAACAUUUAUAUAACCAACCUAAAGUUGAGAAUGUACGUUCUCCUGUCUACAUAUUAUAGUUUGGAUUAUAUGGUCCUGGCUCCAGCCUUAAGUGUACAUUGUCUGCCAGUUUCAACUUUUAGUUUAAGUGGCGCACAGACCUGGAUGUGUGAUGACUUUAUCAUAAGAAGUAUUAGAAAUUGUUUGAUACAAAAGUUGCAUAUGCUUUUCAUGUUUACAGAACUAAUGGUGCUGCAAACCAUGAGUUAUUUAACAGUCAUAAUCUGAGCUAGCAGUAAUGAAUCUCUCAUGGAUCUCUGCUUGCAUUUAGCAGUAUCACUAACUUCAGUAUUUAGAUGAAUUAACUUACACUACCGCUAUAAUGCUUGAUGUUGAUACACCAUAUCUAUGUCAACAAAAAAGAAGAAGAAGAAGAAAAAACUUGUGCUCCUGUUUCGGUGCCUGAUUGCAAUCUCUUGAACAAUCUUAUAAAUCCAUGGAAGCACUAUUUAAUCCUUUUGCAAGGUGCCGCCACAGUGUGUUAUCUGGCAUUGCAUCCUCAGGUUGCGGGAGUCACGGGCAAUUACUUUGUGGAUUGCAGUAUGGUUCAAUUAAAAUCUCAUGCCAUCGACAAGGAGCUGGCCAAAAGACUCUGGGAUUUUAGUAUGAGCCUACUCCGCUGAUACAAAUUCGUAUAAGACAUGUGUAGUAUUAUUUCCAAAAAGAAAACCAUGUAGAGGAACUGUAAUGUCUUCACAUGUUUGUACAAAAAGUGUAUAGCACAAAACCUAGAUUCCAAAUGAAUGAGUACAUGGUUACAUGGGAUACAAUGUUACCCAGGUAUACAAUAGGUGGUAUAAAAAUUAUUGGAAGAGAGUUGGAACUAAAUGGUGUUUAUGCCACCUAUAUAGAAUUUGAAUAAAGCGAUUGGAUUUA